UUCUACAUUUAUAUGCCAAGCAAAGAAUUUAAUGAUUACUCUCACACCAUCUAUCUGUGUAUAAAUUGAGAGUUCAUACAUCCACAUGAGACCAAUGAUUAGAAAAUCUAUCACUUAACUAAUUGUUAUCAAAUAUGGCAGCUGAAUUUCUGCUUACUUUUGGUGCUGAGGGUGUGCUGAAGAAGGUGUCUUCACUUGUCAAUGAGCAAAUCAGUCUUGCAUGGGGGUUCAAAGGAGAUCUGAAGAAGCUAGGCGAGUCGUUAUCACUAAUCCAGAACAUCUUGAAUGAUGCGGCGGAGAAACCACAAGCUCUGGAUCGAGGCAAGGUAGUGGAAGGAUGGGUGAAGAAACUCAAAGGCGUAGCUGAUGAUGCAGACAAUGUGCUGGAUGAAUGCAACUAUGAAGUUCUCCGACGUAAGGUUGAACUGCAAAACCACAUGAAGAGGAAGGUACUCAACUUUCUUUCUGCAUCCAAUCCCAUUAUAUUUCGCCAUAAAAUGGCAAAUAGGAUAAAGCAUAUCAAUGCAUCACUUUUGGAUCUCAAGAGUGAUGCAUCUCUCAUUGGAUUAAUUGAAAGAAGAAUAGAUGCAACUCCGCAAGGUGUACGGCCGGACAGAAAUCAAACCGACUCAUUCUUUGAGCCGGAUGAAAAGGUCAUUGGAAGGGAGGGUGUUGUGUCAAACAUUGUUGAGAGCUUGACCAACUCCACCAAUCAGCAGAUCAAUCUUUCAGUUAUGGCCAUUGUGGGAAUGCCGGGAUUGGGAAAGACGACUUUGGCUAAAUCAGUGUACCAUAAACCUGCCAUAGAUACACACUUCGACAAAAAAAUAUGGGUGUGUGUAUCUAACAUUUUUGAAGUGAAUACGAUUUUAAACCAGAUGUUAGAAUCUCUAAAGAGGGAUAAGGCAGGAAUGAUGACAAAUCAAGAUGCAUUGCUUAAAUCUCUUCAAGAAGAGCUACAAGGGAAGAGAUAUGUUCUUAUCCUAGAUGAUGUUUGGAAUGAAGAUAGUAUAAAAUGGGAGAGUUUGAGAAGUUGUUUGUCAAAGCUCAAUUCUGCUCCGGGAAGCAACAUCAUCAUCACUACUCGCAGUGCCAAGGUGGCAUCAAUUUCAGAAACACUUACUCGGUGUGAAUUGGACAAACUAUCAAAUGACGAAUGUUGGUCCAUCUUGAAGCAAAGAGCAUUGUUUUCAUAUGGCAAUGAUCCAGACCGAGAGAGAAUUGGAAAGGAAAUUGCUAAGAAGUGUGGAGGUGUCCCGUUAGUGGCAAAGGUUUUAGGAGGCAUGAUGCGUACUAAAAAUAGUACAGAAGAAUGGUUGUCAAUUCAAGCAAGUCGAAUAUGGGAAUUACCCGAAGGAGAUGAAAGAAUCAUGUCUGUUUUAAAGUUGAGUUUUCAAAAUUUGAAAUCAUCACUUUUGAAACAAUGCUUUGCAUAUUGCUCAAUGUUCCCGGAAGAUUUCACAAUUGAAAGAGAAAAGUUGAUCCAACUAUGGAUGGCUCAGGGAUUUCUCCAUCCUUAUCCUGGUCAGCAUAUGCAACAAAUGGAGGAUAUAGGUAAUGAGUAUUUCAAUAUUUUAUAUCAAAACUCCUUAUUCCAAGAUGCUACCAAGGAUGACGAUGACAUUAUAGAGGACUGCAAAAUGCACGAUCUUGUGCAUGAUCUUGCAAAAGAAGUUUCCAAAUGUGAGAGUUUGAUGCAGGAUUUAAAUAAUGUGAUAGAGGAUCACGAUACACGUACCUGA